AUGCUAAAAUCAGAGUUAGAUUUGCUGGAGAAACCCAUAUACGAACGCAUGACGGAAAAAAUUCUGAUAGACGUGGCAGCAGAUCAGCUCUUCACCAGCGUCAAAAACUGGUAUGACGAAUACGACGUAGAAGACGGAUCUGCCAACAUCACUUUUGGCAGCGUUGAAAAAAAUCUCAACUUAUUUGCUAACGAAUAUAAAAAAUUCACCACGGAUAAUUCUAAAGGCAUCAAGAAUAAAAAGGAGUUUAAAAAAAUAUUUGAUUCCUUUGGUGAAGGAGAGGAAUACGAUAACUAUGAUGAGAAGGAUAAGCGGAAGUAUCACAGGAAGGUUGGUGACGAUCGGGAUGAUGACGAUCGGGAUGAUGACGAUCGGGAUGAUGACGAUCGUGAUGAUGACGAUCGUGAUUAUGACCGUCGCGAUGAUGACCGCCGUGAUUAUGACCGUCGCGAUGAUGAGGGUCUCCAUGAUGACGAUCAGGAUGAAGACGACGACAAUUAUCAAAGGAAGAGUUACUACCCUUCUCGACGACACGCGAAUGAAAAAGGACAGAAAUUUUCCUACUACCACGAUGGGAAAAAGUUCCAAUCUUACUACGACGGAGACGAAGCGGAACAGAGAUUUACAAAAAGAGAAAAAGAAGGUGUAAAGGAUAACUUCAGAAAUGCAAUGAAACAACCAAGCGACACUGACAGCGACGAAGAAGAAUGGUGGACAGGACCAUCUUCUAAAACGUCCCAAAGAGAAAAGGAUGACCAAAAUCGUAGAAUGUCGAAGGUCCAACAGGGAAAAAAGCCAUCUGAAGAGACUGAAAAUCACUUUGACAAGAAAAAAAAAUCAUCCAAUUCGAUAAAGAACUUUUUUAAAAACAUCGACAAAAAAAUCGAAAAGGAUUUACUUCGCUCCUUUUUCCCUCACGCAAAAGGCGAUAAUAAGUAUUCUCAAAAAGAGAAAUCCUUCUCUGGCGUAUUAAAAAAAUCUACCGCCAUAUCCAGGUUUUUCGCUGUACCUUUGGGAAUCCUUAUAUAUGCAAUAGUAAUGAUGGGGCAAGGUUCUUACUGGAUUUCUCCUCUUCUCGUUCUUCCCUGUAUCAUAAUCAUUUACCUAGGACUUAAGUUACGCAAAAUUAAGAAAUUGAUUAAAGGCAAAUAUAAAGGUGAAGAUACAGACGAGAGUAAAAAUUCCGUGAAGAUGGCCAUUCGAAAACGUGCCGAAAUGAGGCGAUCCAUGCAAAACGGUGGUGUCCCUGGGAUGAAACCAAUGCAAAACGGUGGUGUCCCUGGGAUGAAACCAAUGCAAAACGGUGGUGUCCCUGGGAUGAAACCAAUGCAAAACGACCUAUACGAGACAGACAAUAAUAUUCAUGGGCCCCAGAAAAUAAUAACAGAAGAAGAUUAG